GUCAGUCGUUUCGUUUUGUUCGCCAAGUCAGGCACGCAAGCAUUUCAUUCAUUUGCCAAUGCGAGUAAUUUUUAUCAUUGAUUGAUUGACGAACAAAUUAAUGAACAAAAAUAUAAUCUUAUUCAAUUUUGGAUUAUGUUGUUGUUGAUAUUUUCAACAUAAUCUAUAGCAAUAACAAAGCAAUAUAUACCUAUUUCAACAUUUCAAAAAUGGCUAAUACCAAUGAUGAGCCGUCUGGUUCUGAAGAAAAUAGGCUAGUGCCUAAUGAAAACACUGUUGUUGAGUCCGAAGUAGUAUCAGGCGAUGGUAAUGUGGAUAUCAAUGCGCAGAUUGAUGAACAACGGCAACAAAUGCAACCUACCAAAUUGGAAUCAUUUUUUGCUAUUGCCAAAUCCUUAAUUUUAAGGGCUUUAGUUGUGUAUUUUAUUACAUCCAUGUUUCGUCAACCAGCUGCACCUAAAACAGAUGUAGUAAGCUCAGGAGUACCACGAGUGGCUGCCAUUAAUAUGUUCUCUAAUGGGUCAGUGGUAGAUAUGUACUGUUAUCUUACUGAAAAAGAGAGUUUUGCUAUCUUUGAUUCUAGCAAGUUGGUAUGGAAACAUACUAAUAUGGUGUAUGGAGAUUGGUAUGGAGGGCCCAAUGGUGAUGGUACAUUUACCCAUUCUCUUAAUUUUAAAGCAUCAGAGUCAUUGAGGAACAAUGGAUCUAUAUAUCUUCAUGUCUUUGUUGUACCAGCUGGCAAAUCACCUGAUCCCAAUGAUAAACAAAACUAUGCCGCUGGCAGAUACACAUAUGGUAAAAAAAUGUUAAAUAAACACAAGAAAAUGCGCUACCUUAAAACUCAUAAUCUAUUGACUGGACAAACAGAAAAAUCUGCUGAAGAAAUACAGAAAGCUGAAACACUGAAAGAAGAAAUUGUGUCACAUUGGCAUCCCAACCUAACCAUUAAUCUAGUAACAGAUCAAACGAACUGGAUGCAGGGGAGUGUGCCUCCUCCCCUGGAUGAAUUUAUUUAUUUCUUACCAGAUGGUAAAGAAUAUAAACCAGCUGUAUUUCUAAAUGAUUACUGGAACAUGAUGAGAGACUAUGUCCCUAUAAAUGACACCACUACCUCUCUGACACUGCAAUUGACAUAUCAACCUCUAAGUCUCUUCAAGUGGCAACUUUACACUGCCCAAGCCAUGCGAGACAAAUUGAGCAUGUUCUCUGCAUUAGGAGGUGAAGAGCAAGAUGAAGAACAAGACACAGUAAAAGAAUUACUGUUAGAUACAUCUCCAUAUUUAUUAGCAUUGACUAUAUCAGUUUCAGUAUUACACUCAAUAUUUGAGUUGUUGGCAUUUAAAAAUGAUAUUCAAUUCUGGAACAACAGACAAUCACUAGAAGGCCUCUCUGUAAGAUCUGUAUUCUUUAACGUAUUUCAAUCUACAGUUGUACUUUUGUAUGUCCUUGACAAUGAAACAAAUGUGAUGGUCAGAAUAUCUUGUUUCAUAGGCUUAAUGAUUGAAAUAUGGAAAAUUAACAAAGUUAUGGAUGUAAAGGUCAACAGAGAAGAGCGUAUAUUUGGCAUUCCCAAGUUAACAUUUACAGACAAAGGUUCAUAUGUACACUCUAGUACUAGAGAGUAUGAUACUCUGGCAUUCCGUUAUCUCAGCUGGGCAUGCUUCCCUCUCUUGAUUGGAUAUGGCAUAUAUUCACUGUUGUACCAGGAACAUAAGGGGUGGUAUUCUUUUGUACUCAAUAUGAUGUAUGGAUAUCUUCUGACCUUUGGUUUUAUUAUGAUGACUCCUCAAUUGUUCAUAAACUACAAAUUGAAGUCUGUCGCACAUUUGCCAUGGCGCAUGAUGACAUAUAAGUUCCUCAAUACAUUCAUUGAUGAUAUUUUUGCAUUUGUUAUAAAAAUGCCUACAAUGUACCGCUUGGGUUGUUUCAGAGAUGAUAUAGUCUUCUUUAUUUUCCUGUAUCAGCGUUGGAUUUACAAGGUGGAUCAUAAACGAGUCAAUGAAUUUGGUUUCUCUGGAGAAAUGGAACAACAGCAGAAAAAUCCAAACAAUACACCAGCCAUCACUGAAAAAGAACCAGAGGCUGAUAAGAAGAAUGAUUAAAGUCAUUUAAAUCUAGUUCAAAAUUUAUAUCAUGUUGUACUGUAUUGUGUUGAUAAUUACUUAUAAAUAUUGUAGUUAAUGAAAAUAAUUAUGGAAUGUCUUUAUUAAUGAUAUUUAUCCAAUGAUUCUAUAGUAUAAACGUGUGAACUGAAAGCUUUUAAAUGACUUUUUCAAUGUGAAAUUAAUUAUUUAUCAGUUGUAGCUUCAGAUUGCUAGAGGUUGGGGGUGUAUUUUAUUGCAUACUUUCUGUUAUGUAAUGAUACUGUUGUAGGCUAUGCCACAAUGAUAUGACUAAGGUGUGAUCUGUAAAUCUUUUAUUUUUAAUUGAUUUGUAGUGAAUGUAUUUUGCUAUUUUCCUUGAGAUAAAACACAGUUAUUGAUGGUUAUUUUUUUUUCUUUUGUGUAAACGUUACACAAAUAUAUGUUUAUGAUUUGUGUAUAAAAAGGGCUGUGUGUGAUGUAUUAGAUGAAUUUAGUAAUACCUAACCAAAAUUCCCCAGCAGUACAUGUAGGUAGGUAUAAUUUUACUUUUUAGCUAAGAAUUUGCAAAUGUAUUUAAAGUUUACUAUUUUAAUUUAUAUUUAUUUAUUUAUGCAUACCUAUUAUCUUAACUUUGUGAGCCACCAAUUUGUACAGCAGAAUUCACAUUUUUAAUACUAGUACGUUUAGAAUUGUUUCUUGUUAUUGUGGAGCAAUUUUUUCUUAUGUAUAGUCAAUAGCAUAUUAACCUUCCUAUAUAAAUGGCGAAUUUAGGUACUGCUAUUACUUACCUCUAGACGGUCACAUACUGUCAAAUGACACCGUAGCGACGCACGUUGUGGCAAAAAUAUUUCGGAGUAGUACACUGGGGAGAAAACUUAUUGAAACUAACCCACCAAGUCUAAUAACACCGCAGCGACGCACGUGGCGAAAAAAUAAUUACCUAUUAUUAUAUCCUAGUUAGUGAAAAUAAAUUUUCGCCCCAGUGUACCAUGCGAAAUAUUUUCGCCACAAGGUGGUUAGCUUCGCCAUCAUACGACACCAAGUACGGAACCCCCUCUAGACAUCCAAUCAGAGGAAACUUAAUGUGCUGUUGGUUGUACCUACAUAUAUUAAAAUAUUCUAGUUUAGAAUACUUAUUGAGCACAAUGUUAAUUUAUUACUUAAUUAGGUACAUAGGUACUUCAAACCAUGGAUAUUUAAAUAAAGUCAUUGUUUUGAAUA